CCCUCCUAUCGCAGCAGACCAGGGGCAGUUCGAAGCCCAGCGCCUGAUUCGCCCGGAGCAGAGGGGAUGUGGUGAGUUGGCAGACAGGGCUGCAAAGGUAUUGGCUCUGACCGAGGGCAGUGGGCGGAGACUGUGACAAUGAAUGUGCUGAGGACACAUGUUUACAAUGUUAGAGGGAAAGAAGAAUGGAAGUGAACAACUGCACUCUGGGAGUUCCUCCGUCCAGUCACCGAACCCUGUGACCCGAUCAGAGGCAGGUGAGAGCUGAUUUGACUCGGUCCGUGGAUGUGAAGCUGCUGCUGGAAUGUGUUUGUGUGGAGACUAGUUUGAUUGAGUUGAACAGGAAGACGUGGGGAGAUGAAAAUCACCUCAGGAGGACAGGACGGUGGUGCAGUGUCAUGUGAGACGUGCCGUACCAAACUCUCACGCUGAGUUAUCACACCCGUGAUAACAUUUGUCAGUUUUUUGUUUUGUUUUUUUACCUGCAUGUCCUGCACCGUUCACACUCCCCGUGCUCUUCACGGCCAAACAAGAGGCAGGGGUCAGUUCAAGGACACAGAGCGGAGAUCACCCGUCCAGGGAUGACCAGUGCUCAGCUGCUGGAAACUUCAUCUUCACAGUCGGUGUUUGGUGCUCAGCCUUCCUGCAGAAUGGCGUCCACUGUGCCCGCAGUCCCCUCUGGUGUAUUCGCACCCUCGCCGUCGUCUCUGCCGAUGGUUUGGCCUCCGCUGGAUUUUGCCCUGGGUGCGCUGGCUUGCUGCGCUGCUUGCGUCUUCACCAAUCCUCUGGAGGUGGUCAAGACUCGUCUGCAGCUCCAGGGAGAGCUGUGUGCCCGGGGCUCUUAUCAGAAACACUACCGGGGCGUCCUGCAGGCUCUGUGGGUCGUGGGCCGCACGGACGGGCUGCGGGGCCUGCAGAAGGGCCUCUCAGUGGGGCUGAUGUACCAGGGCGUGAUGAACGGUGUCAGGCUGGGAUCCUACUCCUACUGUGAAGCCCUGGGUAUCACCUCCUUCCACGGGGGAAGUCUGCUGUCGGGGGCAGGGGCCGGAGCCCUGGGGGCUUUAAUUGCCUCUCCUGCUUACCUGGUAAAGACCCAUCUUCAAGCUCAGACUGUGAAGACCAUCGCAGUAGGUCACCAGCACAACCAUCUGGGAGUCUCCGAUGCGUUCGUCACCAUCUACAGAAGAGAAGGUUUGAUUGGUCUGUGGAGGGGCGUGAACGGGGCCGUGCCUCGAGUCAUGGUGGGAUCAGCUGCUCAGCUGGCAACCUUCACCUCGGCCAAAGACUGGGUGUCACGUGUCCAGUGGUUCGCUCCAAACCACUGGCUCACGGCCUUGAUCGCAGCCAUGAUGAGUGGAGUCGUGGUGGCGUUUACCAUGACGCCCUUUGACGUCAUCAGUACCAGGCUGUACAAUCAGCCGGUGGAUGAGUGUCGUCGGGGACGUCUGUACCGUGGCUUUUCAGACUGCAUGCUGAAGGUCUGCCAAACCGAGGGUCUCAUGGGCUUAUAUAAAGGCAUGGGCCCCGUGUUUCUACGCCUGGCCCCCCACACCGUGCUCAGCAUGCUGUUCUGGGACUUGUUGCGGCAGCAGACGGUGAAGGAAAAGCACAGACAACAAUGUUCCUGAAACCCUUUUUUUUAAAUGAUGCUGCUUAAACAUACCAAAAAAAAAAAAAAGAAAAUCAUCAGAGGGAAGCUCGGCCUUUCCUGCCUUAGCCAUGUGGUCUGCAGUCCACUCCCAAGCACAUGUCUGUCGUGUCAGUGUUUUUGUCCCAGGACGUCUGGACUGAUGACGAGGCGGUGGAUUCAACAGACCUGUGGAUGAUCAUCGAUCGGAUCGAUCCUUAAAUACCUCAAAUAAUGAAAUAGACUGAUCUGUGUAGUUCCACCCACGAAGUGCCACCUGUGUGGGUCACAGGAGAAUCGUAAAUCAUUAUAGUAAUAAUAAUGUUUUGUUAAACGUCCAGUCUGGCUACUGUAAUGUCUCUGCUGUCACAGUCUGAUGUUUCUUCAGGGAUUCGACCUGUGGGUACGUGAAGCCUUUAACAAAGCAGUUAACAAUGAUUCUAACAACAAUAAUAAAAGUUGUUUUUUUU